GUUUAUAUUCGAGUCUCAGUACGCUUUUGACUCGGGAGCUGUACUCUGUAAUUUCAGAAUUCAAACCGUUUGAAGAUUACAACAGAGACUUAAUACUUGACUUUUUUUGAUUAAUAAUUUCAAGAAUUCUGUUCUAUUGUACCUUUUUGGAAGCAGUUAUAAUAAUGAUUUUAAUGGACAUAUACGAUACUGCGAGUUGGUGGACAUUGGUAAUUGCAGCCCAAGUGGUUAUCGGCAGCGCGUACUUCUUAUGGACUAAAAAGAAGAGAGAACCGGAAGAUAAGUUGACUUAUAAAAAGUUCAAUGAAUGGAAACCUUUACCUCUUGUAGAAUACGACCUGAAAGUUGAUGAGCCUCCAUUGAUGGGUAAAAUUGACGAAAAUGUUCUCAAUGUUGGCGCUACUAGUUUUCUGAAUUUUGAUAAGGAGCCCCAAAUAAUGGAAAAUGCUAUUGCAUCCCUCCAUAAAUAUGGUGUAGGAUCAUGUGGGCCGAGAGGUUUUUAUGGCACAAUUGAUGUGCAUCUGGAACUUGAAGAGAGAUUGGCAAAGUUUUUGCAGGUUGAAGAGACUUGUGUGUAUUCAUAUGGAUUUUCCACCAUGGCCAGCGCCAUACCAGCCUAUGCUAAGAAAGGGGACAUCAUAUUUGCAGAUGAAAAGGUCUGGUUCGCAAUCCAGAAAGGCAUAGAAGCGUCCCGCAGCAAUGUUAAAUACUUCAAACACAACGACAUGAAGGAUUUAGAAAGGUUGCUCGAGGAGGGCGUCCAGAAAAAGGAAUUGCAUCCUAAGAGACGUGCCUUCCUGGUCGUUGAAGCUAUAUACUUUAAUUCCGGUAAAAUGUGCCCUUUGAGGAAGGCUGUGGAACUGGCGAGGAGGUACAAAUUAAGAAUCAUGCUGGACGAGAGCUUGAGCAUUGGUGUAAUAGGUAAGAACGGCCGCGGUCUGACCGAACACUUGAACGUGCCUCGUGAUGAAGUGGAUCUGAUCAUGGGCUCGCUGGAACACUCGUUCGCCACCAUCGGCGGCUUCUGCGCUGGGACGCACUUCAUCGUAGAACACCAAAGGCUGUCAGGCCUAGGGUACUGUUUCAGCGCGUCCCUUCCACCGAUGCUAACAGAGGCGGCCAUCACCGCCCUGGAUAUACUGGAGUCCCAACCAGUCGUGGUUAAGGAGUUGGACGAAGUGUCCGUUAAAUUGAACAAGGCCCUCGACAAUCUGAAACACUACACAUAUAGCGGGGAUGAAUUGUCACCUGUAAAACAUGUUUACCUCAAAGAUGAUAUGUCACACAACGAUAAAGAAUCAUAUCUCAAAAAGAUAACCAAGUAUUGUAUGGAGAAAGGCAUAGCUAUGACGACAGCUGCCUACCUUAAAGACCAGGAGGUCAAAUGUCCGGAACCUUCCAUACGCUUGGCCUCAAAUAGAAAAUUAACUGAUGACAAUAUAAAGCAGAUCUGCGAACUUUUGGAUGAGGCCUAUGAAAGAGUUGGUCCUAAAUAGUAAUAAUUACCAGAGAACAUGUUCUCAUUUUUAUUGUUAUUCAUUGUCUAUGGUAUUACACAUCUGAGAACCUCUGAGAUUUUAUUGUAGGGCACAAAAUUAAAACGUUUUUAUUUUUAAUAAUGAUAAAUUUAUUUUUGUUAUCUUAAUUGUUAAUUCCUUUCUAUCAGUUUGUGAGUUUCUAGGUUUAUUUUAGUUUGCUUCAAAUAUGAAUAGCAAUGCAUUUAAUAAUAUUCAAUAAAUAUGCUAGGCGAGCAAUCACACCCCAGUGAAGUCGUAGGUAGAAAAUAAUUUGUUACAUUAAAAAAUUAAGUAUUGCCUUAUAGUAAUAGUAAAUUAAGGUUUUUAUAAGUACAUGCUAUUGAAAUAUAUAUUUUUUGCACAAAUAAUUAGACAGUACUAUUUAAUAAAAAGAAUAUUUUUUUAUGUUUCUUUAAUA